CUACAGACCACUGUCACUAACAUGUGUAGUAUGAAGUUAUGAAGAAGAUUAUCAGAAGAGUAGCAGAGCACCUAGAAACGAUUGGGCUCAUACAUAACAAUCAGCACGGCUUCAGGGAAGGGAAAUAUUGCAUCACAAGCCUAAUGGAGUUCUACGACGAGGUAACAGAAAACAGGAGAGAGAAGGAUGGGUAGCCUGCAUCUUCUUGGACUAUAAGAAGGCUUUCGAUACAGUACCACACAAGAGAAGGAUUGAAAAGCUAGAGGAGCUGGCAGGGAAAGUACUGAAAUGGAUCAGGGAAUACUUUUCAGUAAGGAAACAAAGUGCGUUGGUACCUGACAAGGUGUCAGAGUGGGUGCAUGUGUUGAGUGAGGUUCCACAAAGGUCAGUCCUAGGUCUGGUGCUGUUUCUUGUAUAUGUGAAUGACAUGACGGAAGGGACAGAUUCGAAGGUGUUCCUGUUUGCAGACGGCGUGAAGCUAAUGAGGAGAAUACAAGUGAACGAGGAUCAUGCAAGCUUACAAGGGGAUCUGGGCAGGCUGCAAGCCUCGUCCAACAAAUGACUCCUGGAGUUUAACCCCAGUAUGUGCAAAGUCAUCAAGCUUGGGAAAGGACAAAGAAUACCGCAGACAGAGUACAGACUAUGAGGUCAAAGGCUGCAAAUCUCACUCAAGGAAAGGAUCUUGGGGUGAGCAUCAUACCGAGCACAUCUCCAGAGGGACAUAUUAACCAAAUAACAGGUACAGCACAUGGGCGCCAGGCAAACCUAAAAAUAGCGUUUCGACAUCUAAGGAGUCUUCAUGACGCUAUACAGUGUGUAUGUCAGGCCCAUAUUGGAUUAUGCAACACCACUAUGGAACCCAUACACGGUCAAACACAUCAAGAAAUUAGAGAAAGUGCAAAGGUUUGCAACAAGACUAUUCCCUUAGCUAAUGGGCAUGUCCUACGAGGAGAGGUUAAGGGAACUCAUUUAACGACACUGAAAAACAGGAAAGAUAGGGAAAGCAUGAUAACAACGUAUAAAAUACUGAGAGGAAUUGACAAGAUGGACAGGGCCAGAAUGUUUCAGAGAUGAGAUACAGGAACAAAGGGACACAACUGGAAGUUAAAAACACAGAUGAGUCAUAGGGGUGUUAGGAAGUACUUCUUCUGACUUUAGAGUUGUCAGAAGUGGAACAAUCUGGAGAGUGAUGUAGUAGAGGCAGGAUCCAUACAUAGCUUUAAGAAGUGGUAAGAUAAGGCUCUUGGAGCAGGGAGAGUAUGAACAUAGUAGCGAUCAGCGAAGAGGACGGGCCAGGCGCUAAGACUCGACCCCUUCAACCACACACACACACACAAACAAACAAACCUUUGAUAAUACCCUGGUUUUGAUAAGUACAGUUUCCACUGCUUGCUUGUUCCAAGGUAUGGUCAGGAAGGAGUAUCGGGGUAACAUCGAGCUCUCUGUUGGCUGUGCAUAGUCUCCACAAUGAUCUGUGUUGGCCAUGACGCCCGACCGAUGACACAGCUCUGGCAGUCACGACACCGUGAAGCCGGAAGUUAUAUAUACCGGCCAGUCAUGGAGACGGCUCAGUUGUAUUCUGAAUCUGAUACUGACGUGAUGGCCAGAAUAAUGUUGCAGAGUGUGGUGAUGGUGUUGGUAGCGUGUAUGCUGGGUGAGGUACACCCUCACAAGCUAUUCCGUGGCAAAUGUCCCGUAGUCACUCCAGUAACUGAUUUCAACAUGACCAAGUUCGAGGGACUGUGGUACGUGCUGGAAAGUUUCGACGACAGGGAGGCGUGUGUCACCUGGAACAUAAGUCAGGGCCAUAAGAACGGCACCUGGCAUAUGAAGGAGGUUAAGGGAUCAGGGGUGCUGAACACUUUGGGUAUCUACAACACAGAAGCCACCACAGCUACACUCAAGCCCAACCCAGACAACCCAGCUAAGAUGAAGAUCAGUUGGCCUCUCAAUAUCGGUGGCAGCUAUGACUACACCGUACACAUGGUUGACUACGAAAAGGUAGCGGGGGUGUUCAUGUGUCAGCGAGUGUUGCUCUUCCAGAGGCAGAACGGCAUAGUCCUCUCCAGAACUCCACAUCUUUCGAACGACUUACAGCAGACGGCGAGGCUGCUGCAGAAUGGAGUCCAGGUGGAAUACUACAAGCCCGUCAAGCAAGCUCACUGUGGUUACCUCCGCAACACUACCAGUGUUGGUGCUGGCAGCCCAGACCCAGGACCUCUAGGUGUCUAAGACCUACAUGAAGAAUGAUACUCAGGGACUCUAGGUAUCUAACACUUACAUGAAGAAGGACUAAUACCAAGGGCCUCUAGACAUUUACCACCUACUUAAAAAAAUAUUUAGAUUCUGAGCCUCUAAACACCUAUACCUUCUUGAAUAAUGAUUCGGAACCAGAUUCUCUCAACCCUUAAUAACAGGUGGCAUCAGGUAGCAUGCCAACACUUACACUCCUGCACCUAUAUAGUAUACAGGCACAGGUGUGGGAAUGCCACCCGAUUACCUUGUGUUCGAGCCAAUGAGACGCCUUAUUAGCACAGUUACCUCCACCAGAGCAUAAACUCUCAGUUUGCCUGAGAUUCACAACACUGACUGAAACUCACUUUCUUUGCCUUACACAUCCUUACACGUAACUUCACACAGUGUUCAUUAAAUUAGUUAUAUUAAUUAUAAUUUAAAAGAAACGUUAAGACUAUCAUUUCUGUACAAGUUUUUGUAUUGUUUUAAUGUUAUUUUAGUUCACUUUUACUCGUAUUUUGUUUUUCCAUCAGCAUUGUGUUUAUAAGAAAAUGUGUGCAUAUGGAAAAAAUUGUCUGAUUUAUAUUUUACCCAUUUUAAAACAUAUUUAUAAACCUUCGUUUGCAAAGUAAACGUAUAUUUUAAAUUUUCAUCUUUCACUCUCACAUUGCUGCAGUCCUUCCCAGUUCUUGUGUUGGCAAUUGUUAAGGACGGGGGUAAAAUAUUUUCCGAAAUAUUUAGAUGCUUGGAAGACAUUUUUAUUUACUGUCUAUAAUUAGUCGUAGUUGGCUCCUCCUUUAGUUCGUUUCUUAAUCCACUUCGAUAAUCACUAUGGUUGCCUGUAGAUAAUCACUGGACGGUUUAGGGGGUCAUCGCACGGUCCAAGAGCAGGCCUCCUGGGAGCUG